CAGCCAUUGGGGAGGUUGACACUGGCUCCGCCCCUUCUCCCAGGUUGGACACUGGCUCCGCCCCUUCUCCCAGGUUGGUCUUCUCUGGAACAUGCCCAUAUCGCACUAUGCCCCUUCUGGAGAGUGGCUGGCUACUGCGCCACUCGGUGGUCAUGUGUCUGCUGCUGCACAGCCUGGUACUGAUGACCUUCUGCUUCCACCACGCCGCCACCAGCUGCUCCCAGGGCUGCUACUGCUCCGAGAGCGACGGCCGUGGCAAGACGGUGCGGUGCAGCAACCUGCGUCUCACCGAGAUCCCCCAGGACCUGCCCAAUGACACGCAACGCAUCUACCUGGACUUCAACCUGCUCACUGUGGUCCCCAGCAACGCCUUCUGGGACCUGCCCAUGCUCAGCGAGCUGGACCUUUCGAACAAUGAGCUGGCCCAGCUGGAGCCAGGGGCCUUCAGGGGCCUGGGGCCCUCGCUCACCUUUCUGGACCUGUCCUCCAACAAACUGGUCAACUUUAACCCCGAGGCCUUCGAGGGGCUGCGGGCGCGCGCCAACCUGACCAACAACCCGUGGCACUGCGACUGCAGCCUGCAGCUGGCCAUGCCCUUCAUCCACCUGGAGCCCCUGUCGCUGACGGGCAUCGUGUGCGAGACGUCAGAGCCGCCCGACGUGGGGGCAGAGGGCGUGCCCUUCCUGCUGGCCCAGGACCUGGACCUGUGCGUGGUGAUGAAAAAGACCACAGAUGUGGCCAUGCUGGUCACAAUGUUCGGCUGGUUCACCAUGGUCAUCUCCUACCUGGUCUACUACGUCCGGAACAACACAGAGGACGCCCGCCGCCACCUGGAGUACCUCAAGUCUCUGCCCACCAAGCAGGAACAGUCCGAGGCCUCUUCUACCAUCAGCACUGUUGUAUAGCCCAGGGCCAGGAGAACCCAGAGGGGAGCUAAGGCUGGAUAAGCCUGGAGGGCUAAGACAGGUGGUUAUAGGGCCGUAUGUGGAGGCGAAAGAAACCGCGCACCUGUUUAGGCGAGGCCACUGUACUAGAAUCUGCCUAUACUGUAUUCAGGCUAGCAGAGUAGAACACUUUAAAAAAGAAAGGAGAGCCACACCCUAGCUAUAGGGCCGUAACCUAGCUGCACCCACACCCCAGGCCAUUCAGUGCCAGCCAAGGACAGCUCUGCCUGGCUGUUACGUGGGUGCCACAGCGGCUACAGGAUUUGUGCCCAUGUAUGCAGGAAGCCUGUCCAGACCUGGGCACCAUACAGUACGUAAUCCAGAUGAAUAAUUCAACCAGAAGUGGCCCAUUAAGAGUUCCUGUUGACUGAGUGGAUAGUCUGUCUGGGAUUUAAAAUGGAUUAAAUGGGAUUCAUCCAGUGAUGCAGGCACCUUGAUGCACUCUUAUCAAAAGGGGGCCACUCAAGGGGCCUGUGAUGGGUCCUUUGGACACGUCAAACAGCAAUAACAACCGUAUAGCAACAAGCAGCAACACAAACUCUAUUAACAACUCUGUCACUCAUAUCCUUCCAUGUAGUAUUAUUGUUUUACGUACAACAUCCUUACAGUAUACAGUCUAUAAACAGGGAAAUGUAGUUAUUUUCAAUGAAAUCAUGUAUUUCAUGUUUUAUUAUUGUUGGUUCUAAAUUUGAUUGGUCUAUUUCUACCUCAAGAAAUUCAGCAAAUGUAUGUGCAUGUGUGAACUAGACCAUCAAUUGAAUCUGCCUAUACUGUAUUCAGGCCACUGUACUAGAAUCUGCCUAUACUGUAUUCAGGCCACUGUACUAGAAUCUGCCUAUACUGUAUUCAGGCCACCGUACUAGAAUCUGCCUAUACUGUAUUCAGGCCACUGUACUAGAAUCUGCCUAUACUGUAUUCAGGCCACUGUACUAGAAUCUGCCUAUACUGUAUUCAGGCCACUGUACUAGAAUCUGCCUAUACUGUAUUCAGGCCACUGUACUAGAAUCUGCCUAUACUGUAUUCAGGCCACUGUACUAGAAUCUGCCUAUACUGUAUUCAGGCCACUGUACUAGAAUCUGCCUAUACUGUAUUCAGGCCACUGUACUAGAAUAUGAUGCACAUUAAUAAUUCAUCAAUGAAACACUAAUAUCGGUAAAAGGUUCAGAGAUCUGAUUGAUGUACUGUACUGUGCAUAAUUUUACACAUGCAAUUCAUGCUUGCUCGCUCGCACACACACACACACACACACACACACACACACACACACACACACAUAAAUCAGUACACCUACAAGCUGCAUUUCUUUGCAGUAGAAGGUCUAUACAGGAAACCCCUCCAAGCUGUACUGUAAGAUCCUUUAUUAUUCUCACCAAGACAAAGAAACAGCCAUCCCUACGUACUAUGACACAAUGAUCCUUCAUGCAUAAAUAACCCCUACUGUGUUCCUACUGUGUUUCCUCUCGUUCCUCGUGAUGCUUCAAAAACUCUGGUGCGAGUCCGCCGGGACUAAAAUUGUCCGAAAGAGCUCAUACUCACGUUCAUUAGAUAGAAUAUUUGAAAACAAAGGCUGAAAAAAUGAAAAUGAAUAAUUAAAUGUUUCGAUUUUUAUAUUCAGCAGAACUAGCAUCAUGGUGGGUUCCAAGAAACAGAAAGGGAUGAGAUAUGAGAUUGUACUUUAUUAAUCCCCAAAGGAAAGAAAUUAGCUUGUCAUACCCUGGUGGGAAAAAAGCUGCUGGGACACUCAGGUAGUCCUAGUGAGAAAGUUUGGGAACCUCUGAGGUAGCGGUAGUCUAUCCCUCUGUGGUGAGGGAAACACCACGACUGACUUACCUAGUGGUGAAGGGCGCAGUCAGUCAGUCUGCCGGUAGCUGAAAUCCACAAACUUCCCACUACUGGCAGCCAUGACAUUAGUGUCACAUGAUCAGGAAAACAUCCCAGACAUAUCACAAAUGAAAGGAGAAAAGGAAUAGGAAGCUUAAGACUAUUGGGACACCUCCUGCCCUCUUCUUUCUCCUAGUGUCUCUGAGAGGUCCUGGGGUCAUGGUGGGAUCCAAGCUGUCUGCCGUGGCCACUCCCCUGGGUUUUCUCAAACUGCAUUUCAGGGUUCCAUGACCUGCCAGUCCAUUUGCUGCUGCAGUAGAUAUGAAUUGCCUAAUAAGACUCGAGCACAAGGAAAUGCAUGUCCAUUUCUCCUCAGUGUAUUCUGAUUGGAGAGGAAAGAGAAGAAAUAGGAUAAGGGGAGUUAAGUAGAGUGAAAUAAAACAAAAUUGAACAAGACACAGCAGUGGGCUCCCAAGUGGCGCAGUGGUCUAAGGCACUGCAUCUCAGUGUUAGAGGUGUCACUACAGACCCUGGUUCGAUCCCGGG